GUUUGGCCUUUCCGAGCUACCAUACAGAAAAAAAACAACCCUGACAAGCAGCUGUUGCUACAAUGUUAAAGAACUCCCACGUGCGCAAAUCAAUCUGUGGUCCCUUUGUGAUAGUUUGACUAAUCGUCAGUGAAAUUGUGAGAAUUUUCUGCAUCUUCGACUAGAGGACAAUGGAGGCCGUUAUUACGAUUAAUCCCGGGGCCACGAAAUGGGACAUCCGAGAGAAAGUUUGGGAUUACAUUGAAGCUAAGAAUCUUGCAAACUUUCCAAGGCCUGUGCACAACAGAAUCCCCAAUUUCAAGGGUGCGGUCCCGGCCUGUGACCGUCUCUCAGCCCUGCAGGAGUUCAAGUCCAGCCAGACGGUCAAAGUGAACCCGGACCGACCCCAGCAGCAGGCCCGCUACAUCACCUUGGAUGGUGCCCACACUGCCUGCGCCAAGGUGUCAGAGCUGCAGGUAUUCAGUGAGACUGACGAGGUGAAGGUGGACCCUGACAAGCCGCUGGAGGGGGCGAGGCUGGCCGUGCUGCAGGCGAGGAAAACCCUGCUGGUGCCGACCCCUCGCCUUCGCACAGGACUCUUCAAUAAGAUUGUCCCGCCUGAGGGAGCAAGCAAAGAAGAACUGAGAGUGUGUUCCACCUCGCAGGGAGUGAAGGAGUUCAGUGUCCCUGUGGGUCUGGAUUCCAAGGUUCAGGUGGAUCUUCUGGUGGUUGGCUCUGUGGCCGUGUCUGAGAAAGGUUACCGGAUAGGUAAAGGAGAGGGAUUUGCUGACAUGGAGUAUGCCAUGAUGCUCUGCAUGGGGGCUGUGACGGAAUCCACUGUGGUGGUUACCAUCGUCCAUGACUGCCAGGUUGUUGACAUCCCAGAGGAUCUGAUUGAGAGCCAUGACAUCACUGUGGACUACAUCCUCACCCCGACCAGAGUCAUCAAGACAGACUGCCAACGCCCCAAGCCCCAGGGCGUCAUCUGGACUAAGCUGAACGCUGAGAUGCUGGAGAAGAUCCCUGUGCUGAAGAAGCUCCGGGCCUUGGAGGAGGAGCAAGGGAAGGACGUGACCCUGGGGACCCACCCUCCCCCGCAGCCCAGGGAAAGGGCCAGGAGGGAGCCCCGGAGGGACAGAGAGCCCAGGUCAGAGGGUGAUAGACCCCGGCGUGAGCCCAGGCGCAGGCCUAGACGGAAUACCCAAGAGGACUCUGAGAGGGACCCCAACGGGGAGUCCAGGGAGGAGACUGAGCAGAAACCCAGACGACGCCCACCAAGAGUGAGGAGGGAGGGGGACAGAGAGGGGGGUAGGGAUGGUGACGGGGAGGGAGGCCAGGAGGGAGGCAGAGAGGGGGGUAGGAGGGUCAGGGGAUUCCGCAAUGGGGGCUUCCGUGAGGGGGGCAGAGAUGGAAGCAGGGGGAGAGGCAGAGGAGGCCGUGAGGGGGCCAGGGGGAGGGGAAGAGAGGGGGACAGGGAUGGGGUCAGGCAAGAGGGCAGGGAGGAAGGUGGUGAGCCCCGUGAGCGCAGGCCCCCCCUGACCGUGACCACAGUGUACCUGGGGGGCAUCCCUGCCGGGCUGCGUGUCAGCGAGCUGAAGACUGCUCUCCGGGAGAGGGAGGCAGCCCCCAUCCGUCUCACAUGGCAGGGUGCUCAGCACCGGGCCUUCCUGGACUACUUAGACCCCCAGGCUGCAGACCAGGCCCUGGCCGCCCUGGAGGGGCUCUCCCUGAACGGCCACGACCUGCAGGCUGAGCUGGCCAAGAGCCAGAGGGGAGGCAGGAGGCCAGGUCCAAGCAACCGGAGGCCCAGACCAAAUACAGGUCCCAAAAAUACAGCUAGAGAAAGUAGAGAGAGUACGAGUGAAGCAGAGGCAGAUUCCCCCAAGCAGGAGCUCAACCAUAGUGAGUAACUGCCUGCUUCUCUGUCCAUCUCUGUAACAGAAGCCAAGCCAGCAGAAAGAAAAGGCUGUGUUUCAUGAAAGGGAAGGAUGCUACCUUCACUGUACCAAUGUGAAGUGUGAAAAUAUGUUUAAUGCCUUAAGCAGUUUGGUUUGUCGUUCUGGUUUUUAGUGUUGGUAUUGAUAACACGUAACCCCAUUUACGUUUGAAAUGUUCUUAUACAGAAGUUUCAUCCACACUGGCAGGCCUGUCUGUCAGUCACAAAGGAAGGAGAGGUUUUCCCUGUUAGUCUCUUUGUGCAGGGGCAAUGUUUAAUGUCCUACAUGUAAUGCCAUUGGAAUUCACAGGAUAUUUUCUGUACUAAAUAAACCAUACUUUGAGUUCA